AUGGAUCCGGUUGUACUGGGCGUUGCUGAAAAGCACUUUAUCGCCCAGGGAUUUGCUGAUGGAUGUCGUGACGAUGGACGAGGUAUUGAUGAUUUCCGUCCGAUGUGGAUCGAAAGUCCUGCCCUCAAUACGACAAAUGGUUCAGCGAGAGUAAAGAUUGACACCACAGAUAUUUUGGUAGGUGUGAAAUGCGAAGUCAUGGAAUGUGAAGACACUUCAUUGGUUCCAAAUCGUUUACAAUUCACCGUCGAUCCCUCCUGUUUAGCCGCUGCACGUACGGAGGCAAGAGGGGGCGAAUACUUUACCGAAGCGAUUGCUGAUGUGUUAGAAGAGGCUUACCACGGAAGUGGAGAUGUUAUCACCAAUAUGAACAGGCUGAUCCUUUCAAAACACAGGUUCAUGUUGAAACAUAUUCGUGGAUUAUGUAUAUACAGCAGUAUGGUGGGAAUAUUGUUGAUGCCAUCUUUAUUGCUGUGA